AAUGAUACAGAUCUGACACGUUGAUAUUUUAAUAUUCAAAUGACGACAACAAAGGGACAGCCAGAGUGUAUGAAGAGGAUCAAUAAGGUGUUGAGAGCAGUCUCCGUCGGCACAGAAAGGGAGAAACAUCAGAGCAGAGGGAAGCUGUGGACAUUCACAAGAUGGUGAAGAUGCAGUGGAGUCUGUUGGUGUUGAUUGUGAUGGGUCAGUGUUCCUCCAUUGGGGGUCAGCUGUGUGACUACCACUUCAUUGGAGAGAAUAUGACCUGGAAAGAAGCCCAGGAUUAUUGCAGAAAGAACCACACUGACCUGGCCACAGUGUCUAACCAGACAGACAUGCAGAGACUCCUUGACUCCACGACUGAACAGUAUCAAGCCGGAGCCUGGAUUGGGCUGCAGCGAGAAUGGCGCUGGUCUCAGCCAGGGGUGGAGUUCAACGAGAGUAAAUGGUCGCAAGGAGAGCCGAAUAAUGUAGGCAAUCAGGAGAACUGUGUGUGGAUGAGGAAUGACAAAUGGAAUGACAUCUCUUGUUCUAACAGCUAUACAUUUAUCUGCUAUGAAGGUGAGAAUAUGUGGCGCAUAGAGUCUGUUCUCCCCUAAAAAACUC